CCGGCCCAUGGACGCCCGGACCAUGGCUGCCAAGGGACCUGGCUCCUGCGCCCGACUCUGGGCGGCGGCGCUGCUGCUGCUCGGCCUGCCGCGCCUCUCGGUGCGGGCGGAUGGGAAGCUCUUUGUGCUGGCGUCUCAGGAUGGCUCUCGGGGCCUGGAACUGGAGGCCGCCCGGCUUUCCUGCAAGAGCAGAGGUGCUCACCUGGUGUCCGCGGACGAGCUGCAGAGGGUGGUUCAGGACUGUGCCUUAGCCGUGUGCACCACGGGCUGGCUGGCAGACGGCACCCUGGGGACAACUGUGUGUAGCAAGGGGAGUGGUGAACAGCAAGUCAUGAGAGCUGUCGAUGUGAGAAUUGAAAGCAACCCGGUUCCUGAUGGCACAUACAAUGCCCUGUGUAUUAAGGAUGAAGAGAAGCCAUGUGGAGACCCGCCUGCGUUCCCACACACCAUCCUGCAGGGCCGCACGGGCUUGGAGAUGGGGGAUGAGCUGUUGUACGUGUGCGCCCCGGGCCACGUGACAGGCCGGCGGGAAACGGCCUUCACCUUGCUGUGCAACAGCUGCGGGGAGUGGUACGGCCUGGUCCAGGCCUGUGGGAAAGAUGAGGGUGAGGCACAUAUUGACUAUGAAGAUAAUUUUCCUGAUGACAGGUCCGUGUCAUUCAGAGAGCUCAUGGAGGAUUCCCGGACAGAGGCAGAGGAGGACGUGAGUCAGGGAGAAGCCUCUGAGGAGCCUCCAAAACAGGACCGUCUGGUCUCUAUUUCUAUGGGCAGAGAAGCCAUAGCCCAGCAUACAGCCUUUGUGCCAACCACAGGCUUGCGCAGCGCUGGGAGCGUCGUCCCCACAGACCUGCCAGGAUCCCGACGAAACCAGAAGUCAUUGUUCUGGUUUCCUGCUGAGACCUUCCACAAGCCCGAGUUGGAAAAGGAGAUGGAUGAGGACACCAAAAGGCAGUUUCCUGCCCGAGACAACCACAGUGGCACCACAUUGGCCCCAGGGGAGCCAGAGACCAGGGUCAUCCACAGCGGCACUGACGGCCCCUCUGGCCCUUUUGUGAGCAGGAAUGACAGCAAGGCAGGUGACCCCAUGCUGAGCAGCAGUGAUGAGUCCUGGUUAGACGGCUACCCUGUGACCGACGGGGCCUGGAGGAAAACAGAGGCAGAAGAGGAGGAAGAGGAGGACAAGGGUGAUGGAUCAGUCGCGCUGGAAGAAAGCAUCCUACUUACUCCCCAUCAGCCUGCUCUUGUGGAAGUUAAGAAGCCCAGCAGUCCCACCCUCACACCCAGUGAGGACAUGACCCAUCUUUCAGUUCUUCCAUCUCAAACACUAGUCGAUGUAGAAGCUUUGGCUCUCAGACCCAUGAAUGUGUCUGAAACGGAGGGUCCCAGCGAAGGGGAUGGUGACUUGACUAGGGACCCGUCGACAGUUCCUUGGAGACAUGCCACCAAGAAGCUUCCCAUGUCCACCCGACCCUAUGAACUCAUCGGCUCCACCCUGGAGAUGGUGACGACCGCUGUCCAGAAGACGCCGAACCUCCUUCCCUCGACUGUCACAGCGGCCACCCAGCCUCCAAUGGAAACCACUGCCCCUGUGGUCCAGGGUACCUUCCCGUACCUGCUGUCUGAGGACUUCCUGGGACAGGAAGUCCCUGGCCCAGAUGCAAGUGAGGCACUUCUUCCAACCUUGGAGCCCUGCGUAGGGGAUGAGUGUCCCAGCCUCAGCAGGGGUCCCGUCAUUGCCACCGGCAUCACGGUCCUGUGCCUGCUGCUGUUCCUGGCGGGCGUGGGGGCCGUUUGGGGCUACCGCAGGUGCCAGCGCAAGAGCUCGGUGUACAAGCUGAAUGCUGGCCAGCGGCAGGCGCGGCACUACCACCAGCAGAUCGAGAUGGAGAAGGUCUAGCCACCUUGGACGGGGGGGCUCUUCCGAAGCCCCUUGGCAGAAAAAUGAACUGUGACACAGCACAUUGAGAAACACUGACUGUUCACUAGAGCAGGAGGCAGGUGGCGUAGGGCUCAUCUUCCUUGUCUCAGGUCUUUGUUUUCUAGGCUGAGACGCGUCUCUGGAGGCACCUGGCAGGGCAGGGAGGCUUUGGUGGCAUCGUCACACACCUCAGCAUCCCCUCGACCAUCUGCCCUGGAAGCGGUCGCACUCACCGAACCUGCGCUUCGGCCCUCAUU